AUGCAACGCAAAUUCAGAGUUGCCAUCGUCCAGUUCGCUCCCGCUAUAGGCCGGGUAGAGGAAAAUGUGGGAAAGGCGAAUGAAUUAUGCUCAAAAAUCCAGCCGGACUCCGUGGAUCUCGUCUGUCUCCCAGAAAUGAUAUUCACGGGGUACGACUUCCCGAAUGCCGAGGCUAUAACGCCAUACUUGGAGGAACCGCAGAAAGGACCGACGUCUCAAUUUUGUAAGUCGCUCGCACGAAGACUGCGAUGCCACGUAGCAGCGGGCUAUCCGGAGGUUCUCAAGCCAGAAGAGCGAGGAACGCGCGAAGAUGGGUCCGCGAUUGUAGGUGCAAAUAGUGCAGCAAUCUAUGAUCAUCAAGGCAAAUUUCUGGGUGGAUACAGGAAGGGUCACCUAUAUGAGACGGAUAGGACUUGGGCUAUAGAAGGGGACAAUUUCAAGUCAUGGAAGCUGACUGCACUACCGGACGAAGUACAGACGCUGAGUAUCGGAAUAUGCAUGGAUCUUAAUCCGCGCCCUCCAACCUUAUGGACUUUGAAAGAUGGGCCCUACGAGAUGGCAAACUAUUGUCGCAGCACUGAAGGGAAGCCUCGAACGAAUAUCUUGCUAUUACUAAAUGCGUGGCUGGACUCUAAAGAGGUCACCGACUCGAAAUGGGAUCUACAGACGCUUAAUUACUGGAUCGCGAGGCUUCGCCCUCUCUGGGAUACUGAACAUGAGAGCAAUUCGCGGAGCAGCGAGGCAGAAGGCAAAGAAACUAUUGUUGUCAUAUGCAACCGGUGCGGGGUUGACAACGCAGAUACCUUGUUUGCGGGAACGUCAGCUGUGCUGCGACUACGAGAGGGCACAGGAGAUCCGGAGGUUGUGGGAGUUAUGGGCCGUCGGGAGGAGAGUGUCAAGAUAUUCAAUGUCUAG